GCAGGGGGAGCUACCGGUUGUUGCUAUUGCUGUUUGAGCUCCUCCUCUUCCUCAGCGAGGGCAGCAGCAGCAGCAGGAGGAGGAAGAUGACUUCGUUACGACCGUUUACCUGCGACGAUCUGUUUAAAUUCAACAACAUAAAUCUGGAUCCUCUCACUGAAACUUAUGGCAUCCCGUUCUACCUGCAGUACCUGGCCCACUGGCCCGAGUACUUCAUCGUGGCUGAAGCUCCGGGUGGAGAGCUGAUGGGCUACAUUAUGGGGAAGGCGGAGGGAUCCGUGGCCCGGGAGGAGUGGCACGGCCACGUCACGGCCUUAUCUGUGGCUCCAGAGUUCAGGAGGCUCGGUCUGGCUGCUAAGCUCAUGGAGAUGCUGGAGGAGAUCUCAGAGAGGAAGGGCGGGUUCUUCGUGGACCUGUUUGUAAGAGUCUCCAACCAGGUGGCGGUGAACAUGUACAAACGUCUGGGCUACAGCGUCUACAGGACGGUGAUCGAGUAUUACUCCGCCAGCAACGGCGAGCCGGAUGAAGACGCCUACGAUAUGAGGAAGGCUCUGUCCAGAGACACGGAGAAGAAGUCCAUCAUCCCGCUGCCGCACCCCGUCAGACCCGAAGACAUCGAAUAACAGACGCAGGCUCUCUGAGAGAACCGCUGCACGUAGAAAAUGUUUGCUGUAAAUCUAAAGAACGUUUGUUUCACAACAAAAA